AUGUGGUACCCGAAAUGCGAGAAGGGUUUUCGCAGCGUCGGCUGCUGCAUCUGCUCGCCCGAUUGUCUCGCAGGGCUCGUCGACGACGGCGCGUUCUGCCGCAAGGACAGUUACGGUCGCGGCGUCGGCGUCUCUCGCCUCGGGUGCCCCAAGCAUCUCGAAAAAAGCGGUCUCUUCUGCUAUCCGCCGUGCGCUGGUAACCAAGUCGGCGUCGGUCCCGUGUGCUGGCCCCGGUGCGUGAACCCUGCCGGUACUGACUGCGGCCUCUUCUGCACGUCCAGCGUCGCCACGUGCGUCAACACCGUCGUCGACAUUGUUGGCCAAUCGGCCAAGGUGACGCUCAGCUUGGUGGCCCAGGACUACACUGGCGCGAUCAAGACUGCCGUCCAGACGGGCGGCAAGUACAUCAGCUUGGAUGCGUGCCCCAAGUAA